UCUACUUCCUAUUUGGGACAAAGAUAUUGUCGUAAGCGCUGGUUAAAUCAUUUACACCGGGCGACCUUGAUGAGAAUACGAACUAUUUGUGUUUAAUAUUUGAUAACAUGAAGUGCAGUUAAAGAUAAAAGAUGGAAAGCUAAACUAUGAAGUGUACGAAGUGUGGCUCAUCACACGAGUCAGAGAAAUGCCCAAAGUGUGAAAACCAGACAGAAGCUCAAACGUGUGAGUUCGUUUGCGAUGGUGUUUUGGAAAAUGGUCAGAAAUGCAAAUCGCCGCUAACAGAGAAUGAUCAAAUAUGCCCUCAUUGCACACAGCCGGUUCAUAGAACACAGCCAUUUGACAAGUCUUGUUCCAAAUGUGGAACUAAAUUGACAAAUGGAAAGGAAUGCACAGUUUGUAUCGAAGCGGAAGAUAAACUAGCUCAACAAUUUGAAAGCGAAGAACAGUUCAACAAUUUGCUAAAAUUUGAAAAUAAACUUUCCGAAGACACAUAUACCGUUCAAGAAUCGAAGUAUGAUAUUUCGGACGAGGAAUAUGAAGAUGCUUUAUCAUCACCUGAAAGUGGAUCCCCACAGGAAUCUGAAGGCAGUGGGGGUUCUUAUAGAACAGCCUGUUUGUAUCCAUCCGAUCUAGACAAUUUAGAAGACUCAGAUUCCGCUGAGUCCGAUGAAACACCCGAUCGUACGGAAGAUACCCAUACAAUCAAAAGCUUCAUAAACCCGAAUGCUGCGGAGAAAAAUGUUGAUGAACUGUCAAUGCAGUUUGAAAAAAUAGAAUUAGGAGAUAUUUCAGGCCAUGAAAAAAAAGAAAUUAAAACGAGAAAGAGAGGACGAAAAGGGAAGCAAGUACCUGCACCCGAACAGCAUAUUGUGAAAAGGCAAAUAACUGAACAAAUAACUGUCGUAUUUCACGUUCUGUUUUCAUCAAAAUUUCUUGGGGAAGAAAACACAAACGGCGCUUUUAUUUGCUUGAAACUGGGUGGGAAAGGCAUGGUGUACAACGAAAUGAUGACAUUUAAGAGGUAUGUAGACAAAAAGUAUGCAGAAUUUGAGUUUCGAAAGGAACUAUUCAGAACAAAAGUGAAAGAUGUAAUUUUCUAUUCAUAUGGGGUCAACAAAGGAGGAGUUUCAAAAGUUGUUGAAGAAGAUUAUUAUUUUGGUAAGAAGAAGGAGCUCCGAUAUAUUGAAUAUAUCGAAGACAUGAACACUGUAGCCGUGUGGCAUCAAUAUGAUGGGGUCGCCACAGUUGAUCCGACAUCGUCAUUGAAAGACAUAUUUUUCAAUAAACGGCAGAAAUCUAGAACAGAGAAGCUUCGUCAACAUGCAUUUAUGUUUGCAAGAGAAUUCUGUCCAUCCUGGUUCAAACAAAUAUGUUCUAAUCAGGAAAUUACCGAGACCUUCCAGGAAUCAUCUGAAAAAAUGAUUUGUCUUAUAAAAGGACUUGACGCGGUGUAUCAGCGAGAUAAUCGCGUUUGGCUAACGCCGAAUGAGUUCACUGGAGACAUAUGCCAAAAACUGUUUGAACCUGCCAUAGAGAAUCUUAGAAGGGAUGCACGGACUCCUGAAGAAUUGUACAGUCAACAAAUCACCGCCCUAGCGAUUAUUGAUGCUUGCAAUAAUGUCAAUGCCGACAUGAAUGCCGAAACCCGAAAAUUCCUUUGCCAGCGUCUCCUUCCGGAUAUUUCAUCAGACGAUAUUCUAAGUGAUUUGACUGAUCUCAUCACUGAAAGAAGUGGAUUUCUACGAAUGCAACUGGUCAAGUUUAUCUUAAAGUUUCCCAAGUAUAAAAAAGACCCUUCGUGGAUGUACCUGUUGCCACUAUUGCAUAUCGGCAGUGGCUAUUGUGCUCCCUAUGAAGAGCCUUCAACAGACAUCACUCACAAAAACGCAAAGCCAAAUUGGUGGGGAACCGUUGAGAUAAACAAAACAGUUCAAUGUUUCAAAGAGGCAAAAGAUGAUUGGCAGAUACCAAUUGACGAGGUUGUAUCAACCUUAAUGCCGUUCUUCAAAAUGGACUACUAUCUGUCGCGAAGUUUCCUAGCUUGUUUGGUCACAUCUGAAAUUCAGAACAUGAUUGGGAAGGAUUUUAUCUCGCUGGAAGCGUGUUGCGCUUCGCUGCAAUACUGGAACUUCCUGAGCAAAUCAGAGUAUACCUUGAGUCAAUCUGUCACUCAAAACGAGCUGGCUUUUUACAAAGGUAUGCAGGAAAUGAGGAUACGUCUAGAAAGGCAAAGAAUGGACAAAAAAGUUUCACUGCCUACAUGGGAAAUGACCUACAAAAUAGCCAUCGAUGGUGUUGACAAGGCAUGCAAUUCAAAAAGUCUUGAAAGUCUCGUGAAUUGGGUGCACAUUUUCUUGACGUCUAUUUCACAGUUUUCUGUGCUUAGCAACGAAAACACAACAGGCACCUUUGAUCCAUCUCAGAGUAUACGUGACAUAGAGCGAAAACUCUUAGCAUGGACUAAACGCAUGUAUUCAGCAGUAAAAAUGACAUCUGCAUCGAUUCCAGAGUACUUAAAGAUGUGUGAUAGCUUCAUAUGUCAAAUUUCGUUGUUCGAAAAUGCAGAGGAAGCCUGGAAUACAGAAAUAAAAAAAGAAAUUUCAAAAGAGAUCAUGACCGUCCGCGGGUACGAGCAUGUGUUGUUGAAAGUGUUUUGCAGCGAUCUAGAAACUUUCAGCAAUGAACUUCAAACGACUUUAACGGAAAUAACAUGCGAAGUCGUUUUGAACGGAUUAGUUGAUGUGAGAAACUUUCAAGCGAUGCAAAUGCAGCUUGUCCAACAGACAUUGUCAGACCAUUUCACAGAACAAUGGCAAGUACGUGUCGGAAAUGAAGAAUCACACAGGACUUUGAAAAUUUUGCAACAUGGACUUGAAUGGCCUGCAAUGAAAUUGUUCUACAGAAGUCUUGGAAAUGGAUCGAGUGGUCUUCUAUCUGGUGAAGAUAACCAUAAACAUCUAUCUGAAUCAAUUGGUGUUCUGAGAGAAGCAUGGAAUGGGCUCUUGUCUGGACACAUCAGACUAAAUAUGCUUGAAAUAAUGUGUUCCAAAAAAGGUACACUUGUUGAAGUCAUUUCUCUCAUCUGUGAGAUGGACAGUGCGUCAGUGGAAGAAACAAUUGAAUUACGAUCGAGAGAAUUGCAAGUGUGCAAACUGCAGAAGGAUCAGAUGAAAAUAUUUGUGCAACAUUGUGAGAACGUAAAAGAGGCCGUUAAUUGUAUCAUUCAACUUCUUAGACAACAAACAGAAGAUUCAUUCUUAGACGAAUUGUGCACAACCCAGACUGUAGACGACAGAACAUCUAGUAAGCAAACUGUGACAUACAUUGGUGUUGAUAAGGAGCUGUUGGAUGUUUUGCCAAAUAUAACAGAACGUUCGAAAAGCAGAAUAUUCGAACACAUGUGGUUUGCAAUGUGUAGUCAAAUCUCCGAGGAGGUGAAGUCUAUUCGGGAAAUAUUGGAACUCCUGUGGAAACCUGUUUCAGAGAGAUAUAUUUACAUAAAGGACUCUAUCGCAUCAGGAAAUGUAGAAUUCUGCGAGUUUGAGCAAUACAUACAACCUCUUCAGAAUGAUAUUGCCAUCAUACAGGAUGAGCUUGUGAUGUGCGGCAUUCCGAAGUCUACAGUUGAUGAAAGAAUUAAACAAUUUUUGGAAAAGAAACAUUUGGAUACCUGCAAUACAGGCGCUGAAAUUCUGAAUGAAAUAAAGCAGCAAAACAAUCUACGUGGAAAUUUCACGGAAAUCGAUGAACUUGUUGCUAAUUUCACAAAUCUGAAAAUGAAAGAAUGGCGAAAACCAAAAGUUCCGGAAUUUCUCGAGCAGAUAGAUGACAAAAAGACACGAUGCCUGAAGGCUUAUGCUGAAUGUUACCAAGCCGUGCAAUGGAUUCGCAACUCGAUGGGAUCAGGAGGAAGAGAUUUGAACGUCUUUGUUGAUCUCGCAAUGAUGUCUGCUGGCGAGGUGCCAAUAAACAUCACAAAAGUUCAGUGUCUCCAUUCGUCAGCCACUGGAUAUGCCCCGCUGUUGUUUCAUAUACAAGAAGACUUUGGUUACGUGGAACUUAUUGAAAAGUGUGAAGAAGUUUGGAAAAACUUAGAUAAAAACCCAAAACUACCGGAGCAAUUGCGGGAUACAAGUCGCGAGCUACUAUGGCUAGAAGAGAUACACAAAACACACGGGGCUGUGGAAACUACAUCACUGAAGCAGGCUGAAAUGAUAAACAAAGAAGGCAAGUACGUCUUGGAGGCCGAUGGAAUGAAGGGCUACUUCCACCAGCUGACAGUCGAAAAGGUGUUAAAACUUAUUGUCCCGAAAAGUGAGGAAACCAAAAAAACGAAGACGUACUCAUAUUCCGAGGUAGAAGACCUUCAAAGCAGACUGAUGCUUGUUAUGGGGAAAUCCGAAGCAGGCAAUAUCGACGUGGAUAAAUUUGUAGACAUUCUGAACAGCCUCGUUCGUCUCGGAAACGUAUUUAUUAAACUAUGCUCUGCCGGAUGUGUCCUUUUCAACGACCUUAAAGCUACAUUCCGUUGCAACGCAAACAAGAAUACCUGCUUGACUAUGCGCUUUGGACAAAAAAGUGAUCUUCCAAUGCUAAGGGGACGCCAAUCUAGUGAAGAUAACUUGGACAAAAUGAUUCCCGCUGUGGCAGAAUACAUGGAAUCUUGCCUAGCGCAUUGGUACAGCUACAUAAAGGAAACGCGGAAGAAGUAUUUUCACCUGAACUUUUUCACCAUUGAUCAACUAGUGAUACUGCAGAAGGAACUUGUGCAAAUAUCAUCUAGCGAAACACCGCUGAUGGCAAUAUAUGACUUAUUGUCGAAUGUGAAAUCUAACUGCUGCCUUGCUGAUUUAGUGAAAGCCAUGGAUCUUGCAAAGAAGGACAUACAGACGAUGGAAAAAGUGAAACAGCGUAACAUGGGAAAAACAGGCGAGACGACUGAAGAAGACGAAAUAGAUUUACAGAGAAGAGAGGAAUUUGUUGAGAAAUUAUUAGCUGCAGAACUGAGUGAAGAUAUUGCAAGACGAUACGUGGAUGAACAAAUAGAUAUAAGAACAUGCGUUGUGGACGACGCGGUAUUCUGGUGCAUGGACAAUCAAAAUGAAGAAGCAGAGAUCACCCCUUCGGCUGAAGAAAUAAAAUUUUCAAAAUGGUGCACCGGCGAAAAAUCUGUGUCAACGUUGUGGAAUGCGAAAAUCGAAACAUAUGAUUCUUCCAGCAAAACUGGUGUCGUGGCCUUGAUUUCCGCCUUGAAGGAGCUAUGGGAUUGCUUCCUGUCUUCAAUCACUGAUUCAACAGGAACCAGUGAUUACCUGAACCUAGAGCAUCUUGGAAUAAUACUCAAGCACUUAGCAGGAAGAGAUGAAGCUGACAUCAGAAGAGAAGUUCCCGCAAACAGCAUGGAAAACGAACCUAAUGUGAUCCUUUGUAAAUCAGAUGAAACCUUAACAACGGCUUUGUCGAUAUACAUGCAUAGUAUUGAACAACCGCUUCCAUCUGCUGACGAGGUUUUGCUAUGUACACAUACAACAAACAAGGAAGAGGUUGAAAUUUUCUUGAGACGAUCAAUGAAUGAGCAGAAAGGGAAAUUGCAUUGUCUAGUCAAUGCAGACCUCCUUGACUUUGAUGUCAGUGAAGCUGCAGGUCACUUUCUGGAGGAGUGCGUACAAGAGAAGAACUAUAAGAGAGACAACGCCUAUAGGCUUUUCAUUAUCUGCCGACGUGACAAUGAAAACAGAUCUCCUCUAGUGUCUUCACUGCAAAAGUACAUUCGAGCUGACAUACCUAUUGAUGAAGUGAAAUUGUCACAGUAUAUACUGUCCAAAUUUUCGCUUAAACAGGGCGCGGAUCAGACAUUUGCAUCAAAUGUAGACGUUGAAAAGUCAAAUGCGAGAGCUGUCCUGUCGCAAAGAGCUGGUGUGGGAAAAAGUUUGUUUGUUAAAAGAGUUGAUGAAAAAUUACGGGCACAUGUUGAAACUCAAAAGCAUGUCGAGUUCAAAAGAGUCACAGUACCACUUCAAGAGAAGAUAGUGGAUUUGGACUAUGUUACACGAAGUCUUAUUAAACAUGCAGCUGGACCAGAGAUAAAGACUGCUCGAUUGUUUCAUAUUGAUAUCUCACAUGAGGUACAAGAGGGAAUUGAUAAUUUGCUGUUCAAUCUUUUAAUUUUGAACUGCCUCAAAGAAGAAUCCGGAUUAGUGUGGAGACGCUCAGAAUCAGAUAUCUAUCUGAUAGAACAUAUGCCAAAAGAGGCAUCUACCGCAAAAAACGACAAGUUGCAAUAUACUGAAGUGAUGUUUCGCAUUUUACCCCAAGUAAUAUGCAGGUCUCCAAAUGAAUGUCUUAGUGAAUGUAAGACUGAUAGCGAAAUAAAAACAGUGCAACUGUUCGAUGAACAGGAAUUUCGAAGUGAUGUGUUCCAGAGGCCGUUCCAAUACCUUAAACAAAUCGACGAAAAAGUAAAAAUGGUGGAUUUCAAUCCCAUAAGCACAGUCGGGACACGCCAGGAAUGUCUACAAAUUUUGCUCAGACACUGUGGAAUUCCUAACCCGUCGUGGGCAGAAUUGCACCACUUUGUGUGGUUUUUAAACACCCAACUAAUUGGCUUUGAGAAUAACGCAUUUGUGAGUGUUGCAGCGGCGGAAGACCUACCAGGAUUUGGUCAAUUUGUUUUAAAGUUUCUGAUUCAGAUGUCGAAGGAUUUUUCGAAUCGUUCACUUAAUAUUGGCGACGAAUCGUCAAAAGAUGACCAAGGACUUAAUUUAGAAACUUAUGAAUUACGAAGGAAAUGGGAAAGCAGUCCGCAUCCAUACUUGUUUUUCAACAGUGAUGGGUUUUCCUUUACUUUUCUUGGAUUUAACAUUGACCCAGUGAAUGGAAAUCUUAUCGACCAACAAACAGGUAUCAUCCUUGAGGAAAGAAUCAUGACAAGGCAAUUGUAUACUGCCCUCGUUCGAAAUCAAGUUGACCUCCGUGAAGACUUCGAUGCCUUAACAAGGGAAAGGAAAAUCGAGAAACUUAUAAAUGUCAUGGGAGGUAAAAGGAAAACAGAUCCCGAUCCAACCUACGAGCUUACCACGGACAAUGUGAAGAAGAUUCUAGCAAUCUUCAUGCGAUUCAAGUGUGACAUACCUGUGAUAGUGAUGGGAGAAACAGGAUGCGGAAAAACUCGGCUCAUCAAGUUCAUGUGCUCUCUUCAAGUUCCAGACGAUCUAGAACUUCAAAAUACAGUUGUAAUGAAGGUGCAUGGGGGUACAACGCAUGCGGAUAUUGCAAAUAAAGUAGAAAAGGCAGACCAACUAGCGAGGAAAAAUGCUAAACAGGAUCAUACUAUUGACACCGUGUUAUUUUUCGACGAGGCAAACACCACUGAAGCAAUUGGACUUUUAAAGGAGAUUAUGUGUGACAGGUCUUUACAUGGCAAACGUCUAGAUCUUUCUCCAAAUCUGAAAAUUGUGGCUGCAUGCAACCCGUACAGAAGGCAUUCGGACAAAAUGAUCGAAAAACUAGAGCAUGCUGGACUUGGCUAUCACGUUCAGGCUGGAGAAACAGCAGAUACUUUCGGACAAAUUCCCUUGCGCCGACUGGUAUACAGGGUGCACCCUCUCCCACAGAGUCUUCGACCCUUAGUAUGGGAUUUUGGACAGCUGACAAUAGAAGUUGAGGAACUCUAUAUUAACCAGAUGGUCAAACGUUACAUCAAAGACGGGCAAUUGCCAUCGAUAUUCAACCUGACAAAUGUGUUGAGCAAGAUUUUGACCGAGUCACAGUUGUAUAUGCGUAAACAGGCAGAUGAAUGCAGCUUUGUUUCCCUACGAGACGUGGAAAGGGUUUUGUUUGUCAUGUCAUGGUUUUACUCGAAAGGCAGUGAGUGUUUGUUUCCAUUUAUGAAUGACCUGAUCGACACGCUAAGCGAAAAUGAAAAUGCUGAUGAACACAUGGAACCCACCCCUCUUACGAGGUCCUUGAUUCUGGCACUUGGUGUGUGUUAUCACGCUUGCUUGAAAUCCCGACAGAAAUAUCGAGAAACUGUUCAGCAACACUUUAGUGCACCAUUUAGUUUAAGAGAAACCGACGGAGCUGAACAGAUUCGCCAAGAAAUAGAGUGUUGUCAAAAUUUGGUUUUGAACAACGUGAACCUUGCAAAAAACAUCGCCCGCAACACUGCCCUGAAAGAAAAUGUCUUUAUGAUGGUUAUCUGUAUUGAACUGAGGAUUCCACUCUUUCUCGUUGGCAAACCGGGAAGUUCAAAAUCGCUUGCAAAGACGAUAGUAGCUGAUGCAAUGCAGGGGAACAGUGCUCAUCACAAUCUUUUCAAGAACCUUAAACAGACGCAGAUGGUGUCUUUUCAAUGUAGUCCACUAGCGACACCAGAUGGCAUUGUUGCUACGUUCAGACAAUGUUCCCAGUUUCAAAAAGACAGAAACUUGUCAGCCUUUGUAUCAACUGUUGUUCUUGACGAGGUAGGACUUGCUGAAGAUAGUCCACGAAUGCCACUCAAGACAUUACAUCCACUUCUGGAAGAUGGUUGUCAAGGGGAUGAAAUUCCUGAGGACUAUAUGAAGGUUGCGUUUAUUGGGCUGUCUAAUUGGUCACUUGAUCCUGCAAAAAUGAAUCGUGGAAUAUUUGUGCAGCGAGAUGUUCCUGAUGAAAAGGAACUGAAUGAGACAGCAAGAGGAAUAUGUGGGUCUUCAAAUGACGAAAUACUUCAACGUAUAAUUGAUCCUCUGAUAGAACCACUUGCGACGUCAUAUCUGCACGUUUUUAACGAAGCGACAGUUGUAUUGCGUGAAUUUUACGGACUGAGAGACUUUUAUAGUUUGAUCAAGAUGCUGUUUGCAUUUAUCGAGCGAUCACGAAAAAACCCCACUUGGUGCGAGUUGGAGCACUGUAUUAAGCGGAAUUUUGGCGGUUUACCGCAAGUUGAUUCAGUCAAACAUUUCAGAGAAAAUCUUCAAGACAAGACAACUGAGACGGUGCUUGAGUCAGACCCUGAUUGCAGCCAUUUGGGCCUUAUUAAUGCGUGCAUUUUCGGCUCAUUUGAGACACACGGUGAGAGCCGGUAUCCGCUUUUAUUGGCUGACAAUCUUGGAGCUGUUUCUCUCAUGCAGCAACAUAUUUUGAGCAACGAAAGAGUUUCGAGACCUAUUAUCAUAUUUGGUAGUAGUUUCAGGGGAGAUCAAGAAUAUACACAGAUUUGCAGAAACAUAAACAAAAUCAAGGUUUGCAUGGAAACUGGCAACACUGUGGUAUUGUUGAAUCUGGAAAACCUUUAUGUGAGUCUUUAUGACGCAUUGAACCAGUACUACGUGUACUUUGGUGGCCAGCGAUUUGUUGACCUUGGAUUAGGAACACACAGAGUCAAAUGCCAGGUUCACCCAGAAUUCAGACUCAUUGUUGUUGCUGAAAAACUCACCGUUUACAAGAAAUUUCCUAUCCCGCUUAUAAACCGGUUGGAAAAGCAUUUUCUUACCAGUGACGGCAUGCUUGAUAAGCAGCAAACUAGAGUUGCUAAAGGGUUAGAGAACUGGGCAAAACGUUACGUGGAGGCUCGGUUUUCCGCUGUGCAAUUAAGAAGGCCCGGUGGCAACGGGGAGUCCAAAAUUGAAGAUGGAUUCAUCAGCUACAACGAAGAUACAUGCUCGGGAAUCAUUUUGCAAAUGUUUCUCGAAAACAAAAAAGCAACUGCAGAAGAAAUAUUAGAGAAGUCAAAGUUAGUUAUCCUUUCAUGUGCAACACCGGAGUGCGUCGUUCGGAACGAGGAAACAGAAGAAACUCUUGCGAAACACUAUUUUGACAGUAAACAACACGAUAGCCUUGUUGGAUUUCUUGACGCCAAAAUAAAAUCCGGACAAAAGUUCCUUGCUCAGAUUACAACGCAUUCGAAGUUGUUAUCCGGAACACACCAUAAAGAGGCAAUAAGUGAGGCAACAGGGAUAAAGCUGGAAAAUAUCUUGUUUAUCGAAGCACUCACGUCUUUGGAGACUGAACAGCAAUUUUCCAGCAGAAUCCAACAACAUUUGCAUAAACAAGGUGAUGCCCCAAGCUUGAUAUUGAUUCAAUGCGCAGCCGGUGACGAAAAUGCCAAUCUCAUUGAUUGUGCUAGAUUUGGUGUCCUUGGUGAGAUGGAAAAAAUGCACGAAAGAUUGCAAACAAAAGGAAACAUCCAUUGCGUUAUAGUUGUGCAGCUUCCAAGAAAAGCCGGAGGAUGCUUUAAAGGAUUUCAGUGCGGUACUUGGGAAUCAGUUCACAUAGAUGAUUUGCAUUCCGAAGACAUAGAAACGCCACAACUUCAUGAAAUGCGAGGCAUAUCUGUGAGUAGCAUAUUCACAGCAUCAACUUUACCAACAACGAGGGACGAUGAAUCGACAUAUGUGAACGAAGAUGUCUACAUCGAUGUUAUAAACAAUUCACCAACUGCACAUGAAGAACGUCGUGGUGACUCAGAGGUCAAAGAAGAAACCAACUCGGAAUCGGAAAGAGAUCAAACACACCUGGUAGAGACAAGCCAUGUUAAUUCGGAAAAAGACGGAUCGGAAACACCACCUAAUAUGGAAAUAACUGAUUUAGGUAGAGGUCUAGUCGAAACAUGCAAACAAGUUCCAAGGAUAAGAGUGAAAGGUAUCGUCGUUCAGUGUGUGCAAUCUGCCGCCGCAAUGGUGAAAGACAUUUCAGACUCUUCUCGCGGCACUAAAAGAGUCGAAGUUUUGCUAAAGAAUAUCAAUAAAUCAUCAGGAUUUGACCAGAAUGACUUUCUUCAUGGUUUGCAAAUGAUCCUCGCAAAACUUCUUACUGAAAAAGAACAGUCAGUUGAAACGGAAAUGAUGGCUAAGGCUUGGAUGUCAAAGGAGGCAGCGGCAACGUCGAAAAUAAAUAAAGCAGGCACAUUAAGGAAUUCUUGCCACCAAGUAAUGUGCGCAAAAGUUACACCGGUUUUUGCUGGCUUGAUUGCCUACUUGGAUACGGACAAAAACUUAGAUAUUAUUGAAUCAAAAGAUACAUGGCGGACACAACUCUGGUUAAAGUUUAUCAACACACCGAGAGCAAUAGAUAUCAAGUUUGAUGACAUUCGAUCAACACAGGAGGAUGGCCAAAUUGCAAUCGGCUCUUCAGGAUACGAGGGACACUUGUUUAGUGCCACAUUUCCAUUUUCAUGGGUAAUAUCUCGGCAUAUCGAUGCCAUGCGACGCAACUUACACUUUAAAAACCUUUCCGGAUGUACAGAUAAUAAAGACAAGACAGUCACGGACUGCAAAGCAUUAACUUUGAAAAGUGGUGUAGGAAAAGCCCUGUAUGGCAUUGAAAUUGAUGACCAAGAUUAUCAAGACAUUGUAGACAGCUAUGUAGAGGACUAUUUGCACACGCUGUACAACAGCGACAAUGAUAUAGAGUUUAAGCUUGUUCUAGAAGUUGUCAGGCAAGAAACAAUGAGAAACAUCGAAGAAACAAAAUCUCGCUCGGAUAUUGUCGGGAGUCUUAUCUGUGCGCACCUUGCCGUUCAAGAAUUGUCUUCGUCAUUGGCUGAUUUUAGAUUGGUCAACUCAAUAUGGCCUGACUGCAGCCCAGCUCUGCAAAAUAUUCGAAAGGAAAAUCCAGACAAUUUUCUAGCCUCAAAAGAAGCGGGCAUUAUCUUUCCCGCGCUUUGUCUUAUGAUCGAGAGUCUAACUCCAAAGCAAGGCGAAGAAGAGAUUGAAUCACGAAAGCAAUGGUUAGAAAGGGUUAACAUUGUUAGACCAGUAAUUGAAAAAGUGUUAAGUUCACCAGAAGUUGGUGCGGAUAUGUGUGGGAGCAGGAUUGUUAUACAGGCAAAGCAUACAUGGAACAGAGUCAUGGUGAUGAAGCUGUUUAUCGAAAAUAUUUGUAUCCCACUUGAUGGCGUCACAGACAGUACAAUCACAUGGAAACGAUGUGGACAACUUUGGACUGUUAUGGGGGACAACCUGGAUUGUACGACACUGCCUUCUUUUGUAAAGGUUGAAAAGUUUUUAACGUUGUGCAACAAGAAAGCUUUUCAAUUCUUCUACGGAACGGAUCUAAAGAAAUGCACAGAAUGCGGAGAUGAGGUUAAAACUCCACCGGUUUUCCUGCCUUGCUCUAAAAACCAUAUUGUCUGCGAGAAAUGUUAUGAGGAAAUUCGAAAUGAGAAACAAAACAAGUGUAGCACUUGCAAAGAAGUGUUUCCAGUCGAUUGGGAACCAACCGACAUUGAACAAAAACGUGAAGAGAAGCGAAAACUCGUUAAUUUUCAGGAAAAAUGCAACUCUUUUCUGAUGGCCGUUAUAUCACAGCUUUGCUUUUCUGAAAACAAAACCCCUUGUCAGGAAAUUAUUGAAAAGCUUUUUGGAUAUAUAACAUGUUCAAAAACAGAGGGGCGAUCGCAUUUUACAAAAGAAAUGACCAUGUUUAAUACAGGGAUUGACAGAAGUCCGGUGUUCCGAUCUUACCUCAUACAGCUACUCGUGAGAUGCAGUGAAGAGGCUGUAACGAAACAUUUACAACAGUUCUUUGAUGGAGCUGUUCAGUGUAUCAAAGACAAUGAAGUUGAAUAUUCACCGGCUGAUAUAAUCGAACUGUGUUUACUCUUCAUACAAUGCAUAGAGGAUUCGCUCAUGCAAAAAGCCUACAUGGAGAAAAACAAAUGUGAAUAUGCAGCUGAAAUUCUGAAUAGCGCUAGAAAGUGUAUAAGCAGCGAUGAAUUGAACGUGGACAUGAUAUACAGCAUUGCCAAAGCUAGAACAGGAUUGCGUAUUGUUGCUGAUUACAUGAAUAGGAUAGUGAAAAACGGCACUAACCCAUCAGUUGUUCCGCAAUCCGAACAAGUUAUGUUUGAUACGGCAAGAUAUUUGUGUAAAGAACAAAAGUCAGGGCAUGCAAGUCAGUUUCUUGUCAAGAAUCUGUGCCGAACAUACGGGCUUGACAUAUAUAUGUCGAUAUGCGGCUCCAAGGCAAAGUUUUUGAAAUGGAUUAAGAUUCACAAGGAAAAGAAAAUGUCGUCAGUGGACCGCUUUGUUGUUUGUGGAAAGGAGUAUAAAGAUAUUCGAAAAUGUAUCUUAAGCUUCCUGCACGGCGAGAGAUGUCUUGAAGAGAUAUGGCGUGACAUCAUGGAAAUAACGUCAAUGUCGAACAUGCGAGAUUUGCUCGUUCAACUGUCCAUAUACAGAGAAGUUACGGGUGUCUGCGUUGAAUAUCCUGCUAAAGAGCGAACACAACAGCUGACAACUUUCAUUGAAAAGGAUUAUACUUCAAAAGUGAAGGAAAGUACCGUGAAGUUGCUGAGGAAUGAAAUACAGCCACUUAUUCUGCGCAGCAGGGCAGAGGACAGUGUCAGAGCCAAAGAUCUAAAAUGUCUGAUCAUACAUUUUUUGCAAAGUCUAGAGAAUGUUCAAUGGGAAGGGACCUUCGUGUUCACAUUCGUUUUACUCUUAAAUGGAGAAAGCAAUAUACAGGAAAUGUUCCUGCCGACGAUGCCACAAGAUGACAGAGAAGACGUCAAACAGGCAAUACAAGCCCUAGAAAAUGAAUAUGAAAACACAACACUGUAUUGUUGUCCAAACGGUCAUCAGUACGCAAUCGGAGAUUGCGGACGGCCUUGGACAGUUGAUAGGUGCAGAGAAUGUGGUGCAGAAAUAGGUGGUACAGGACACGUUCCUCUUCCAGGGAAUAAUGUCGAUGACUUAACGGACCAAACAAAGUCAGGGCAUUUACUUGGGCCAUGGGAAAGUAGGGGACCACCUGUCCCUGAAAGGAAGCUGACCGUUACAACAUUGUCAAUUACUCGGAUCUUUCUUCAUAUGGCUCUUUUAGGAGGAGCUGGACGCAACAAAAGGACUAUAUGUGGUAUUUUCAAACCGGAAAUUGAUCCUGAAACUGUCGAGGACUUUUUAUGGAAGCACAUUCAGAAGGAUUUUGAUGACUUGCAGCAAUCAACAAAGCUUAGUUUUGAUGAUACCGUGCUUUUGAUGCAUUCGUUUAUCAGUUCAAUGGUGAACAACAAAAGUGUCGAAUCUGCAGCGUUUGCACCCAACAGGGCACUACUAACGAACAAGAAUGAUCGACAGGCGUGGGAAGUACUUUUCACGAGAGUAGCUUUAGAUGACACCUUAAAGAAUGUGAACGAGAUCCUCGGAAAUUUAAACAAAGAAGUUGCAGCUGAUGAUCCAUUUCACUGCAUCAUUCACGACAUUGAUAGGACGAAGGGAACGGACGAGCCGACUAAAAUUGCUGAAACAUCUAAAACAUGGCGCUACAGAACACCAGUUUCAAUAGAACAUCUUCAACAAGACCUAGAACAGAAGAAAAUCGCAGAUAAAUUGUCACUGAAGAUCUUGAGCGAAUUUCUACAAGAGGACCAUGCACUACAAGCCUUACGAUUUGUGCCAAAUAUAAUGAAACUACACCGAAUUCUUCUCCAAAAAUACAAUAUGAAACUGGACAGAUCGGCAGCAAAACGAUGUACAGUACGGAACAUGAAAACAGAUAAAGUAGCCGGUACAGAUACAGAAACACUUCUUAGGGAUUUUUCUGAUGCAUGGGAGAUAACCAGGCACUAUCUGCAAAAACACGUGUGUAACACAGAAGACCAAAGGCAAAUUGUUCAAAAGGAGUUCUGUAUGAAGCCCAUCACAGAUGACACGCCUUUAUCAUUCUUUCUUCCGGCAACACAUGGUCAGGGACUCUGCUCCUAUGCGCUUAUCGACUUCUUGUUACGAAAGCAAAACUCCUUUCUUGACGAAUGUGGACUCGGAAAAAGGAAAAGCGUGAAACCAACUGGUUUGACAACUGCACAUUUGAUCAGCUAUGACCACGAAAAUGAUAUCAUUCCAUUGAUAAUUGCCAAUUGCCAAAGCACAUUCGUAAUUGGACAGGAAAACCGAAUUGAAUACGACUUCGAAGGGUUGCAGAGGCAGCUUGUAGACCAGUAUCUGAUAUCGAAGUCCAAUGUAGACAUCAAAUCCCACUUGAAGAUCGAUACGAUGCAAUAUGUAACAGAAGUAACAAGAGCGGAUGCGUUUAAGUCUUUGCAGGAGAAAAUACAGCAAGUUGAAUUAGGUGAGGAACACAAGCAUUCUAUUAUCCAAGAAUUGCAAGAUUUACCGGACCUGUGCAAUUCGAUAGAUCAGCUCGUCGUGACUAUAAACUUCCUUCGAACAUUGGGUGGAGAUGCGAACAUAUUUUUGAAUAUGUUUAUGACAAAGACGCUCCUUUUAGAAAAGACUGCCUUGUGUAGCCAAAAGGCAAGACAAGUUUGCACACUCGGACACGUAAGAUCUCUGUGGCUGCUAUUUUCUCUACGAAAGUCGAUGCUGAUGGUAGAUCGCCAUUUUCAACAUGAUGUGGUGUUUGAGCAUAUCGAUGAUAAAUUCCAUCAGCCGAUACCGGACAACGUGAAAAAAGAGUUCGAAGUUUAUGUAAGGGGGCUUCCGGAAGAUAUGCAUGCGCAGUUUGUGUCGUUUGUACAUGAGUGUCUAUUACUACAUAUUGCCACCUCAGACGUAGGUCGCCGGGAUGAUCCGGAUUAUGUUGACACAUCUGGGACAAGUCUCAGAGAUACAUUAACGAACUACAAUGACGAAAACCCCGAUGUUCCAUUUAAUGAGGUCUUGGGAAACCUUCCAAAUGGACUCUUGCAAGUGCACACUGUUUACGCUUGGAUCGCAGCCUAUAUUGAGCUCACUCAAAAGAUGUAUAUGACACGAAGACACGAUCAAAGGUUCUGAAAUGCAGCGUAAGACAUUUUCAAAGUGCUAUUUCAUUCCACAGCAUAAAGUAUGCACGUGUUCACGAGACAACAAUGGUUACAGUUGAACAUUUGUAUAAUAUUUAGGACUUCAUAUAUUGCUUUUGGUUGACCUUUUCAUAUUUGAAUAUUAUGUAAUUGCUAUUGGCUAUUUUGUGGGCGUUAUUAUCUGAUUUGUUUUGUAUUUUCAUAUGAUAUAUGCUUAUUAUUCGCUUUCAUGAUUAUUUGCACUUAUUGUUUUACCAGACAACUAUUUUGAUCACAAUGUAUUUUAGUAUUGAUAGUUUUGGCACAUCUGUUUGAAACUGUAUUGCACUUUUAAUAAUGUGGUAAUUUGUAAAGGGAAGGUUACUGUUGAUCAUUGUGUAGUUAAACAAUUUUGUAGUAUGUGUUUGAUGAAAACUCCUAAUUGAAUUUGUCCGAUGCUAAGACGCGAUUCUUUUUUUUAUUUGUUUGUAUUUUAUCACUUGCAAAUGAAACAUGGUGUACAUGUAUGUGUAGUGUACUCUGUCCCGUGUUUAAUAUAAAAGAUUUUUAAAUACAUGACUUGUAAAUGCUAUCGCGUACUUUGUAGUUCCUGUUUUAUACGUUGUUUUAGCUGUUGAGAAUGUUAUUAUUGACUGAAUUGAAGUUUGGAAAUAAAGACUUAAUAUUGACGUGACUAUAUGUAAGAAUGGACUACUAUAUUUAAUACGUAGUUUACUGUUAUUUUGUUUUUAGGUUAAUAAGUUCUUUUGAAACAAUAGAAUUAGUGCGUCUUAGUGUUGCGAUUUUCCAUAUUAUUACAGUGAAAAUAACAAACUAUAUUAUUGUGGGAAAAUACACAUCUGAUAUUGUAAAAUAUUUGCUAUAACUUGUGAUUGUUAUAGCAUAGUGUUUGUUUGUUGUUGUUUUUUAUUGUGUGUGCGCUUUUCUGUGUCUUCUUUUUUAUGUAUUGAGAAUCGUUGUGUUGUGUUGUUUGACCCUGUAGUUUUUACUGUAUUAUGAAUGUUUAUAUGAUUGUAUGUUUUGUAUAUAUUACUUUUCUGUAUGUAUAUUUUGUAUAUGAAUCCAUUUGUUUUGAGCAUGUUCCUUGAAUACCUUUGAUUCAUUAGCAUGUGAUAUUCGAUUAUUAACACAUACUGUGUGAUAUAAUGACAUUAACAUAGUUGAGCUAGAUUAGAGUGGUGAUGUUUCAAAAAUGAUGCUUUUUAUUGGUUUGUUGGAAGAGCAGACUAGUAUAAUCUUACAUAUAGACCGCCUUUCAUUUUGAUUGACGUUUAUUUAAUGAUGUUACAAAUUAAUUUAUAAUUAUUUUUAAUAUGUUUCAUGUUGAAUUGCUUUUGUUUUCAUUUUGUAACGCUGUACAUACUUGGCUUUAACAUAACCUCAUAAAAUAGUUAAAUGGUAUCUUGAUGGACUGUUAAAAUUGAAACACAAUGCACGUGUAUAAGAUAUGUACAUAGUAUUGUUGAUUUGUUUAUUUAAAGUAUAGGUUUUACUUUGAUUUAUAAUGGAUGCACAAAUUUCGAGAUACAUUCAAAAUCAGGGUUCGUUAUAAUUUUAGAAAAAAGUUGUUACGAUAUAUUUGAAAUAUUUGCAAGAUUUACUAUUCGAUUGUGAAACUGCAACAGAUUUUGUUUUAAAUUGAUAUGGCUUGAAACAUACCUUGAAAAAUAUCCUUCGAAUAAUAUGCAGGCUCUUAUUGCAACACUUGAAGAUCCGUAUCAAUCAAUAGGUUUGGUGUAGGAAAAAUUAGUUCACAUUAAUGUUUGGUCCCUUUGUUGUAUUCAGAAAUCUUUUAUCUUAAAUAUUUUUACAUGAUGUUUACAUAUUUAUCUUGUUAUAUUUAUUGUGUACAUUUUACGUCUUUUAUAAGUUGAUUUUGUUUUAAACUGCAAUUUGUCAGGAUAAAAUGUCAUCUUUUACAUGAAAAACUUGCUUUCUUUUCAAUCGUACUCUGAACAUAAAUUAUGUAGAUUUGCAUUCCAAAUAAAAAGUUUGUGUAAGCUUUAUUUCGUUUCGAGUGCACUUAUAGCGUGUAAUAUGCUUAGAAGGAUUAACUGAGUUUUUACAAUGCAAUGAAAAUUAUUAUGUUAGUGUACGAUCGUGAAGUAUGAAGAGGUCGUUACAACUUUCAUCGCGCUGACCUAAUGUUUUCUUAAAUUGAUGAACUGUAUUUCUAGGGUUUAUGAUUGUGUCUGCAUUAUAUGUUGCUUGUUACAUAUCGGUUAUUAUUAUAUCGUAUGCAUUGGUUGUAGCUGCGUAGUUAUCAAAAAGUAUGUUAUUAUCUUAGACAGAUCAUAUAUUUAUAUUAAAGCUGAUAUGUGACAAAUUUUAUGAUAAAUAAUGAUGAACGAUUGUCAUUUGUAUCCGCGGUUGAAUGUUGUUUAUUAAAAAAACUUCAGUAAGCUUUUUCCUGUUUAGAUAUUCAAAAUUUUACUAAUAUUUAAGGUUUACAAAGCAUAGAUUUUCAUUUUGUAACAUUCGACUUUCGGGACAAUUUGGGAAGAUGUCAUUUUAUAAAUCUACUUUGAGUGUUUUAACAAUUCUUUGUUUCCCUGACAUCUUCGUAUUUGUUUAAAUGUUUGCUUUAUUUAUAUACAUAUUUUAAAAUACGUUACUAAGUUCGUAUCUAAGCCAAUUGGCUCAUUAUAAUUGUGUUGGCUUUCUUUAGUUGUAGUUUUCUUUUUAUGAAAGAUUUUGGCUUCAGUUCAUGUAAGUAAUAUCACACAUGAUUGCUACAGAACUAUCAAAAGCUUCAACAGAUGUGUUUUACAUUUUAUAAUAAUAAAACAAUAGUACUUAUUUUAAACAUCAUGCUAUUAACUGUUCAAAUCAAUUUUAGUUCACAUUCUUUGAAAGAAUGUGCAAAACUUAAGCUAACAUGGAUUACUUUUCUCCCCAGCACUGUUUGAUUUGAUAAAUGUCGAUAUACCUUUGUACUUUGAAUAUUAGACCCAACACGUUCUAGUAAGAAUUUUUGUCUCAUUUGUUUUAGAUAUAAUUUAUUCAUCCACUGCUACUAAUCAAUCUUUUGUUGUGUUUGGUUCACACAGUUACGAAUUAUCGUUUUUCUACUAUAUUUUCUGCAUUGCAUGAAUGUUUUUCACCAAAAUAUGUUUUGAAUGUCAAAUAUAAAAAGUGGCAUCAAGCAUGUUGAUUCGGUAUUUAUAUUUUUAAUGAUGCAUUGUUCUUCUCCGUGAUUAUAUCAACUCAUAUCGAUUUUAAAUAUAUAUGGUACUCUCAAACAUGGUAGUUAUAAAUUUAAAACAAAAAAAGUGUGUCAAUGGUUUUAGAAAAGAGACGUGGAUUGUUUGUGAUAAGAAGAAGUAUAAUUAAGAUCAAACACACCAUUGCAGUGAUAAAUUCAUUGCAUGCUAUGGAUGGUUAUACGUUUCUAAGAAACUGUAUAAGUGUGCUUUAUUAAGCCAUAAUUCUCAUUACUUAUCAUUUAUAUUGUACGACGUAUGACUCUGUAAGAAGUUGUUAUACUUUUAUAGAGCCAUUAUAUGUCCUCAUUUUUUUCAUGCAUUAUUUUGGUGGCAAGCACUUAAUACAUCUUGGAUUUGAUUUUGAUAAUACUUCUUUGCAAUUCGUAAAUAUGCUAAAAUGUCUACAUUUAAAUCUUGGCAUACAUACCAUGUUUGAUGUUUACAAUAAAUCAUUUUA